AUGCCUCAACUGAUGGCUAAAGCUGACCCGUUCUCGGAUUCAGAAAUUGAUGACACGUCAAAAAUCACAGAUCCAGCCUCGUGUUUGGACUACUUAAAACGAAGGGAGGUGUUCCUGUACAAAAUGAUGAAUGACCCAAGUCACAAAGCCAUGCUCUAUUUCCUUGAGGUGUUGAUGAAUUCCGAGUCCCCACUGACAGUGGAACAAUUAGCGGCCAGGUUUUCCAACAAGUCUUUUUCCAGCGAGAUGCGCGACGCCUGUGGGGGUGGAAGUGUGGAAGCCCUGAAGGAAUUUCUUCUCAAAUACCCCUCCCUCUUCACGGUAAAGCCAUCGGGUCUGGUGAACGCGGUGGCGAUUGAAAUGCCAGGCUUCGAUGAGAUUUCUGAGAGUAGCCUUGACAUGGACAACCUCUCACUGAAACAGAAUGCACAAAACACCUCCUCAAGUGUCUCUUCGAUUAAUCCCAGUCAGAACACUCCAACUGUCUCCCCAAAGGAAGCCACAGACGACAACUUUUCCAAAGGGCAGACGGUUCCUCAAAAGUCAUCUCUCAAGAACACCUCCAAUGGAAGCAAUAAUAGUAAUGAGGUGAAACCAGUUGGUAUAUACCAGCCACCAUUUUUGAGAGCUCAAGCUGCAGCAGCAGCAUCUCAAGCCAGAAAUGCCCCCCUCUGUGAAAUGUGCUCAAUGGCAGCUCAUGUUGCCACAACAGCCGCGACGACAGUUGUGCAUUGUCCUUUCACAGACCUCAGUUGCAUGGCUCACCAUCACCACCAUCAUGGACAAAGGUUUAGCCAACUUCUCAAACACGCACACACAACUCCGAGUCACUGCUGCUGCUCCGCCGAUCUUUCGUCCACACACUGCCGGUCAUCAGCUAACAAAAUCUCCACCUGUUCGCAACUAACAAACUUUGCUUUAGAGACAGAAGCUGUCAAAUUCUUCCAGCAACGCCUUAGUCGUAGAGAAGAACGGUGGGUUCCUAUUAAAAGCCUCGCAGGCCAUCUUUCGCAAGCCUCUGCGGAGGUCCGCUCAAUUGUAGGCCCUCAGUUGGAGUUUCGACGCUUCCUUUUGAAGCACCCGCAUGUAUUUGAAAUUCAAGGCGAUCUGGUUGGCCUCAAAGAUUCUUUUAGUGCUACAUGCUUGUCGUCGAGACGACCAAAGUCUUUCGGAAGCGGCAACCUCAACAGUCAGACCUCAAACAGUCUGUCUGCGCUUAAUCUGCGUGGUGCUGCUGGAGCAGCAGGCAGUGGUAGCUCACAGAAAGUUUCGCGCCCAAAGUCCCUCAUUAUGCUGUCGCAGGCAUCGUCGGCCGCUGUUUCGACUACCCCGAUCCGGCGUCUAGGGAACGUGUCUACCGGAUCUGAUCACUACCUUGCUUGUCAGGAUUUGGAGAGCUUGGCCACAUCAGCCCCAAACACACCGAAUACUCAACUAAACCGAUCCAAUACACCAAUGGUUCGACCUAGACUCAAUGGGAACACACAAAAUGCCGCUCGAUUCAGUGCUCCACAAGACACUGUCAGUUUGCCAUCUCGUCAAAUAACGAGGAGAAAUCGAGGUCAAGAAGUGGACACAUCUAGCAACUCCAGUGGAAGUAUUUGCAUUCGAAUGAGCGCCAACGAAUAUCGAGCCAUUAUGUUCCUUCGGAAGGUGCUGGCUAAAAAAGGAGGUGCUCCAGGACAAGCAGGCCUUUCGUACAUUCAGCUUAUGCAAAUUCUUUCAACAAAGGCCCCGGAAUCUGUCCAAAGCGCAAUUGGGUGGACAAAGGUUGAACUGGAGGAGUUUAUUCUGCAGCAUCCGAUCUUCUUUGAGGUCCAUGACUCCACUGGGACACCGAAAGUGCAACCCGGUGGUAGUGCUACUUGGGCGACUACGGAAGCGCAUGAUCAUCCAGACACCCUGGUGACGAAUCGACGUGUGCUCAAGAUGAUCAACAUCGUCAUAACAGGGAACAAACCGCUGGAUUCGGGCACUCGUACGAUGACUAACCGUUGUGGUCGAGUAUUUCAUGUGGCCAAGUUGUGGGGCAUUAUCGACCUUGGCAAGCACGAGCAUGUCUUCUUUGACAAGUCUAUCCUGAAGUAUGUGGACGACCUCCAGAAACACUUUAAAGUGAGCAUUCCUUUUAUGCAAAUAUUUAAAUUUCAAACCAAGGUUACUAGUAAGGCAUCGGUUUACUUUUUUGAGUAUUACUUUAAAUAA